AUGGAAGACCCCAAUUUCUUCAAACCAGACCCUGCCGACGUUAAGCCAGGAAUAACAGGAGGAGAUGCAGAAUCAACAGGAGAGAAUGGGGAACCAGCAGGAGAUGCAGAAACAGCAGGAGAAGAUGCGGGAACAACUGGAAAGGAUGCAGAGACAGCAGGAGAAGCUGCUGAGACAAUUGGUGAACUUGGUCUGGAUGCUGCCGGAGGACGAGCAGCUCUGGGGAAAGACGCCGGUAAAGCUUUUGCCCAGGUCGCCAAAAAGCCUAUCAAACAAGGAGUGACGGACGCAAGUGGUGCUCUUACAGGUGCAGCCAAGAAUGUCGCGUCGAGCGUUGCAAGUAAAGUUGGAAGCACACUCAAGAAGCUAUUUGGGCAUCCAGGUGGAGGCGGUUCAGAUGCAGGAUCGUGUCAUUCAAGAUCCUUGAAUAAGAGAGGGUGCAGUAGCAGCGAUGGGAACAGCAACAACAAGGGUACCAGUAACAGCAACAACAAUGUCAACGGAGCAGCUGCAGCCGGUGCUGGUGUCGGUGCAGCAGUAGGCGCUGCCGCUAAUGCUGCUGCCAAUGCUGCCUCGGGAGCCGAGCCCGAAUCAACAGCGGAGUCCAUGACUGCGACGUCCAGCCUCGAGGACCCUCAAACACUCCCUGGGACGAGCUCUCAAAGCCCUACCAGUACUCUUCCAACUACAUAUAGGAUUUCUUCUACAACAUCCAAUGAUCUCACUUCCUCCACAAGUUCUACUACAGCCACAUCAAUGAAAGAAAGCUCCAUCGCUUCAUCUGAAACAACUGAAGCUACCGCAUCCUCAAAAGUUACUACUACGGCGACAUCGACGAAAGAAAGUUCGGCCACUUCAUCUGAAACAACAUCUGAAAUUUCAACAUCCGUAAAAAUCGCUACCUCUGUAGCGAUGACAUCCAGGAAAGAAAGUUCCAGUGGCAUCAAUUCCUUAACAUCAACGUUCAAAAAUACGGCCUCCUCAGAUCCCAUAACCUCUGUGACAGCAGAGUCUAGGCUUUCCAUCUCUAUGAGUUCGACUACAGACUCCAUAACAUCAGAGAUAUCCUCUACAGCAAAAGCUACCAUGUCGACUACAUCGGCCGCCUCCAUCGCAACGACACCUAAGAUCUCACCGACAACGACUCAAGCUUUGACCUCCCCAACAUCCAUCGCCUCCACAUUAAUAACUUCAUCUAGACAUGCAACCUCCAAAAUAACGACAUCUAAAAUCUCUACUACAGCAAGCUCAGGAGCUACGACGUCAUUAUCUUCUACAACAAGUUUGAAAGCUACGAUUUCCUCGACAUCGGGAAUAUCCACAUCUUCCAUGAUGAGUACUGAAGCGACGACCUUCUCGCCAUCAAACACAUUUAUAUCCUCAAUCAUAAGUUCUAAAUCUACGAGUCUCUCAUCAUCAAACAGCCUCUUUGCCUCAACAAGUCCCAAAGCUACAACCUCCACAUUUUCAAGUCCUACAACGUCUACACCCUCAACAACAACAUCUGAACCCCCACCUUCUACAACGUCCAUACCAUCUCCUUCACAAACGAUGACAACCUUGAAGACCGUAAUCUCAAGUACUACUACGUCUGCGAAACCUUUUUCAACGCCGCCACCACCACCACCCACGACGACUUCAUCCCCACCGCCACCACCCAAGACAUCUUCAACGCCGCCACCACCACCCACGACAACUUCAUCCCCACCACCACCACCCAAGACAAUCUUCAACACGCCGCCACCACCACCCACGACAACUUCAUCCCCACCACCACCCCCGAAGACAUCUUCAACCGCCACCACCCAAAACAAUCUUCAACCCCACCACCACCACCGAAAACAACUUCAUCCCCGCCACCACCCCAACAACAACUUCAACCCCACCACCACCACCGAAAACAACUUCAUCCCCGCCACCACCGCCAACAACAACUUCAACCCCACCACCACCACCGAAAACAACUUCACCGACCCCAACGAAGGCGAGACCGACAACAACAACGGUGGUGCUGGCAAACCCGAGUUAGGACCAAGCAUGGCUGGCGAGCCAAUUCCAUGA